AUGUAAAAUCCAUAUUUUUCAUAAAACAAUUAACUAUCUCUUGAUAGUUUAGGGAAAAAAACUUUUUAAAGUUCUUAAUAAGUCUCUUAUGAAUCAAAGAAUUAAAAAGUACCUUUAUCUUUAUAAUAAUUAUAGAAUGGAGAUCUUUAAUGCAUUUAAACUUAAAGUCAACCUAAAGAUGAUUUAGACAACCAUGAUAUUUAAUAAUGUGAUAUUAUAAUUUAAAAUUUAGAAAAAGGAAUUUCUUAGGGCUACGAUAUAGAAAAUCACUUUUUGGAAAAAUAUGAAUUCUCCUAAAGAAAAAAAUUCUCAAUUAAAAUAUUUUUAUUAUUAACCAUUUAAUAAUUAAUAACAUGCAUUAUGGUGACUGUUCAGUAUUUUUCAUAACCAUUUAAUGACUUAUUGAUAAAUCCUUCAACUUAAAUUCCAACAGCAUUAUUUUGGUGUAUGUUGGCUAUUUUAUUUUUAACUGAAAUUAUUGUCUUUUGCUCUAAAGAUUCAGUAUAAAAAGUAAGAUUUAAUUAUUAAACAAGAUUCCUAUUAAUUAUAUUGUUUUAGGUAUUUUUACGAUAAGUUUUUCAUUUGUUAUUUCAGGAAUAAGUGCUAUUUGCAAAAGUAUUUUUGAAAAUUGUAAAGAAUUGAUUUUUAUUUCUUCCUUUAUGGCAUUAAUUGCCUUUGGUAUAUUAAACUUAUAUUGUUACAUAUCUUAAUAAGAAAUGAAUUGGAAAAGUACAAAUAAAAUUAUAUUUAGUUGCUUUAUUAAGUGUUAGUAUUUCUUAAUUGCUUAUGUUUUUAAUAUUUUCUAUUGUUUUUUAAAAAAAUAUAUCAUGGAUUCUAUUAUGCUCAUUUUUAGUUAGUAUUUAUGGAAUGUUUACAUUCUUGAUUUAAUAAGAAGUAAAUCUUAAACCUAAAUUAGUUUCAUAAAUCUAAUAUUUAUGA